AUGGCAUAUAACGGUUUGCCGAUCAAUCUUUGCUUGAGGAAAAGAUCAAGAAAGCCUCUUCCUGUUCUUGUUCAUAUUCAUGUAGAUGUGAGUGAUCAUACACCUAAUGAUCAACCACAAUUGAAUUCUGAGAAUAAGGUUUACAAAAGUGGCCCUCUAUUUUUAUCAUCAAAAGUUGGAAUUAGUUGGACGUCAUGGAAAAAGAGGAGGUUCACUCAAACAGAGACAUCAUUGGUGUUUUAUCGAAGUGAUCCAGUGAGUCUCCUUUAUUACAAUUUAUCUGAUAUUUUUACAGUACGUAAGAUAUCAAUAGAGAUAUCUUUCAGUGUGAUUGUCAAAGAAGAUAAGAAGCUCUUAACACUGCUCUUUCCUGAUGGUCGUGAUGGACGAUCUGUCACACUUAAGGCUGAAACACUUGAGGAUUUUGAGUGGAAAACUGCACUUGAAGAGGCUUUGGCAAGUGCACCUAGUGUUGAUCUUAUAACUGGACAAAAUGAAGUAUCUAGCAAUGAUCAGUGUAGUGUAGUUGACAUGUCAACCGAAUUGUCAAAUGAUAGAGAUCCUGCGAAGUCCUUGGUUCUUGGUCAGCCAGUUUUACUUGCUUUGGAAGAAAUUGAUGGCACCCCAUCCUUCUUGGAGAAGGCUCUUAGGUUUAUGGAGGAGCAUGGAGUUAGAGUUGAAGGAAUCUUACGACAAGCAGCAGAUGUUGAAAAUGUGGAACGUCGGAUACGAGAAUAUGAACGCGGGAAAAGUGAGUUUUCUCCAGAUGAGGAUGCACAUGUUAUUGGUGAUUGUGUCAAGUACAUUUUGCGGGAGUUACCAUCAUCUCCAGUUCCUGCGUCUUGCUGCAAUGCCCUCUUGGAAGCAUUUCGUAUUGAUGAAAAAGAAUCAAGAGUCAAUUGCAUGCGUUCAGCCAUAUGUGACACAUUUCCAGAACCAAAUCGUCGUUUGUUACAGAGGAUUCUUAUGAUGAUGCAAACUGUGGUAUCGCACAAAAUUGAGAAUAGAAUGAGCACACCAGCAGUGGCAGCUUGCAUGGCUCCUUUACUUCUUCGGCCACUUCUAGAUGGGGAAUGUGAGAUAGAAAGUGAUUUUGAAAUGGGCAAUGAUGGCUCUGUUCAACUUAUACAGGCAGCUGCAGCAGCCAACCAUGCUCAAGCUAUAGUUAUCACAUUACUAGAGGACUAUGAUAAAUUGUUUGCGAUUGAUCAUCAUAUCUUGUAG